AUGUCCAAGGAAGAUCAAAUACCUGCCGCUCCGGUUGCCACUCCAGCAGCUGCCGCCUCCAAACCUGAAAAAGAAGUUCAAACCUUAGAGGAGGAUGAUGAGUUCGAAGAUUUCCAGGAGGAAACCUGGCUAGAUGAACAUGAUGUGGGCAAGCAAGACCAAGGUAAAUUGUGGGAUGAAGAUUGGGAUGAUGAAGAUGUCGAAGAUGACUUUGCCCAACAGUUGAAAUCUGAAUUGGCUAAAGUUCAAACCAAAUAA